GUCGCAAUUAUUAUAGGUAUAGGAUUAAUUAUUUAAAUUUAAAACAAAAGAAUUAUUUACAUAAAACCAAGAUGGCAGAGUGUAUCAUGUACAAAAGUUAAAUUUGCUAAAUCGAAUGAACAGUUUAGGUUUUUUUUUUAUUCAAUUAAACAUUUAAUAAUUUAUUAGUAUUUCAAGUUGGCAUUUAUUUUUUUUUUUUUUGUUAUAAACAAUUAUUUUUGUAAUUUAUUAUUUGCGCAUGUGCAGUAAUUGCACAACAAAGGCUCCAUAUUUUUUUUUUACACGAGAGAAAAAAAAAUAAUAGAAUAUCGACGCUUGUUGUUUUUGACAAUAACAACUUAUGAACAAUCACAAAAAUAUUAUUGUACUUUUUUGUAAAUAUUUAUUAUAAUAAAAAUAGCAACAAUGGAAAAUAUGUGUUGUAUUGCUGAUUGUCACAAUACUGAGUCAAUUGAUAGUAAUGAUAAUAAAAAUAGAAAUUUAAGAUUUUACAAUUUUCCAAAUGAACUUGAAAUUAAAAAACGACAAUUAUGGUUAAAUGCCAUAAGACCACAUAUGCGACCUUGUUAUAAAAUGACACCAAAAAUAAAAAUUUGUAGUAUUCAUUUUUUGAAUAAUAAAAAAGAUGAUGAUCCAGAAAGUCCAUCAUACAUACCAAGAUUAUUUUCAAGUCAUAAAAAAAAAGUUUUAAAACCUAAAGUUGUAUCAGUUGAAAAAUCUGGUCCAAUUAUUAAAAAAUUAAAGCUAGCACAUAAUGUAAAAAUGAAUGAUGAUACAAAUAAUACAAAUGAAGAUGUCACACCAAUAAAAACACCAACAGCACCAUCAUCAACAGCAAUAACACCAACGACAAUAACAAAAACAGCAAUAACACCAACAUCAAUAAUAAAAACAGCAAUAACACCAACAGCAACAACAAAAACAACAACAACAACAACACAAGAAGUAUCAAAAAUACCAGAAGUAAUCACAAAACAAAAAAAAAAUCAUGAAUAUUUUGAAGAACUUAUGAAAAUAUUUGGUAAUUCAUCAGAAGAAAGUCAAACAGAACCAUUAAUUAAUAUGAAACCAGAAUUAAUAUGUUUUUCAUGUACACUUAAAUGUGAAAAUGGUAUAAAUACAGCUGAAACACAAGCAAUACUAGAAACUCAACAAAUAGAAACACCAAUAAUAAAACCUCAAAAUAUUAUAAAUAAACAAAACAAGAUAAUUGUUAUAACAAAAAAUAUUGAAAAUGAAUAUUGUAAAAUUCAAAAACCAUUAUCAAAAGUACCUGGUUUUUAUGGCUAUCAAUCAUUAAAUAAUAAUGGAAAAUUUAUUGAAUUUUGUGGUGUUACAAAAAAUGUAUUUAUGAAAAUAUUACCAAUGAUGCCAGAAAUUAAUUAUAUUAAUUUAAAUAAAGAAGAUAAAUUAAUGAUAUUUUUAAUGAAACUUAAACUUGGUUUACCAUUUUCAACAUUGUCAGUAUUAUUUAAUAUUGAACGUGAAUAUUUAAAGCAAUUAUUUAUAACAUCAAUUAAAUCAUUACGUCCACAAUUAUGUGAUUAUAUUAAUUGGCCACAUAAAGCAUUUGUACGUACACAUUUACCAAUAAUAUUUAGAGAUAGAUAUAUUAAUGCACGUGUUAUUAUUGAUAUUAUUGAAGUUAAUAUUGAUGAUGAAAAUAAUGAAGCAAAUGGUCUCAUUGAAGUUGAUGGUUCAAAUCAAUUUAAAGUAUUACUUGGCUAUACACCAGAUGGUUAUAUAUCAUUUAAAUCAAGAAUAUAUGCUGGUAUUGCAACUGAUUAUAGAAUAAUACAUAAUUCUGGUUUAUUAGAUCAAAUUGAAGAAAGUGAUCUUGUAUUAACCAGAAAAAUGUAUCAAAAUUUACAGCCAUUUCUUGAAGAUAUUAAUGCUGGUUUUUCUUGUCCAUUACAAUUUGCUGAAAAAUUAUUACAAAAACAAAAUAAUAAUCAGUAUCUUGUUGUUAAAAAUGUUGCUAAUCGUAUUGAUGAUAUACUUAGAAAAAUUAAAAUAUUUCGUACAUUUAAAUCUAUGCCAAAUGAAUUAUUUAGAUUUACUGAUUAUAUAUUUACUGUUAUUGUUGGUUUACAUAAUUUGGCGUUUCCAUCAUGUGAAGAUUAUAAAAAUGAUUAGUUUUAAUAAUUAAAAAAAAAAAAAAAAAAUGUACAUAAAUCUUUUGUUAAAGAUUAAACAAAAAUAAUUAUAUAAUUUUAAAAAAAAUUAUCAAUACAAUUUUUAAUUAAAAAAAUAAGAAAAUAAA